GCUGCUCAGACCACUCCUUCAGUCUGUCGACACUCUGCCAGCGAUCCGCCGCCCGGAGGAAUUCUCCAUUUACACAAUAGAAACUUUAAAAGAAAUCUAUACGUUCCUCGUUGGUCGAUAAUCUCGAUUGUACUCGACGAAGUUGCCGACUCGGCUGAAACUUUUCUCGGACGUGCGAGGACAGACAGAGGGACACCAUGGUGCUGAAGUCGGAAGACGGGAUCGUCCCGGACGACCUCACCCCAGAGGAGCACCAGGAGCUGGAGAACAUCCGCCGGCGCAAACAGGAGCUGCUGGAGGACAUUCAGCGGCUGAAGGAUGAGAUAGCAGAAGUGACAAGUGAGAUCGAGAACCUGGGUUCCACUGAGGAGAGGAAAAAUAUGCAGAGGAGCAAACAGGUGGCGAUGGGCCGUAAGAAAUUCAACAUGGACCCCAAAAAGGGGAUCCAGUUCCUGAUUGAGAACGACUUACUGAAGAAUACCAGCGGCGACAUCGCUCAGUUCCUCUACAAGGGCGAGGGCCUGAACAAGACAGCCAUCGGCGAUUACCUCGGAGAGAGAGAUGACUUCAAUAUCGAAGUCCUCCAUGCCUUUGUGGAGCUUCAUGAGUUCACAGACCUCAACCUGGUUCAGGCCCUUAGACAGUUCCUGUGGAGUUUUCGACUGCCGGGAGAAGCUCAGAAGAUCGACCGCAUGAUGGAGGCCUUCGCUCAGCGCUACUGCCAGUGCAAUGCCGGCGUUUUCCAGUCCACAGACACCUGUUACAUCCUGUCGUUUGCCAUCAUCAUGCUCAACACCAGCCUCCACAACCCCAACGUGAAGGACAAGCCGUCUGUGGAGCGAUUCAUCUCCAUGAACAGAGGAAUCAACGAUGGAGGGGACUUGCCUGAAGACCUGCUCAGGAACCUGUAUGAUAGCAUCAAGAACGAGCCUUUCAAAAUCCCAGAGGACGACGGCAAUGACCUCACGCACACGUUCUUCAACCCCGACAGGGAGGGCUGGCUGCUGAAACUGGGGGGACGAGUAAAAACCUGGAAGAGGAGGUGGUUCAUCCUCACCGACAACUGUCUGUACUACUUUGAGUACACCACAGACAAAGAGCCCAGAGGAAUCAUCCCCCUGGAGAACCUGAGCAUCAAGGAGGUGGAGGAUAAGAAGCCAAACUGCUUUGAGCUUUUCAUCCCGGACAAUAAGGACCAGGUGAUCAAAGCUUGUAAGACCGAGGCGGACGGACGCGUCGUGGAGGGGAACCAUACCUUCUACCGCAUUUCUGCCGCCACCACUGAGAUGAAAGAUGAAUGGAUGAACAGCAUCAAAGCUGCAAUCAGCAGGGAUCCCUUUUACGAGAUGUUAGCGGCCAGGAAAAAGAAGGUGUCUUCCAUGAAGAGGCACUAGAUCCACUGAACGCUUUUCUGACUUUGCGCUUGCCGGAGCAGGGGGGUCCCGGGUCUCCGUUCGCCCUCUCCGGGCCGGGUCAGAGGCCACGGUUAAGGACAUCCUCAGACAAUUUCCAGGGGGACUUCUCUUGGACACACACUCGCUCUGGCUUUGGGACUCUACUGGCCGAGAAAAGAAAAAACAGGAAGCAUGCCGGGGAUCAUGGUCAAUAAGAGUCAAGGCCGAAGCUUCCUCUAACCUCUCGUCUGAAUGUCUCCCUUCUCUCUCUGUCUCAGCUCUGUGUGCGCUCUCUGUCCCGGAAGCAGAAAGGGAAUCUUGCUGCAGCGAAAUCCAAAACACAAGUUCCCGCAUUACGACGCGUAAUGUGCACAACAUGCAUACUCUCACCCGUAGCACACAUCGUUUUAACUCAGCAGGUCUGAUCGCGUGUGGCGCCCCAAACCAAAAUAUUGCUCGCUUUAUGGAAGAAAAGUUAGGACCUUUUCAGACGUGCUUUAACAUGUUUGGGUGAUACUUUUUUUUUUACAGCUUUUACUGUAGAUUCCUCUUGAGUCCGUUGUUGUUUUGUCUACUUUUGUAAAAUAAAAUGGUCUUGCAAGAUAAACUACUGGGGGGGAUAAUUUGCCAACUGUUAGUGAUUUUAUAUUAAAAAGAAAACAAAAACUUGUCUGUUUAAAAAAAAAAAAAAAAAAAAAGUUGCCACUCAGGAGAUUGUUCCGUGUCGCCGCUGACGUGGAUCCUCUCAGCCGUGAAAAACCUCUCAGCCCGUGUCCCAGACCCAACUGUUAUUCAGUUUUUUUGUAAAUGUGAAGCGUACCGCUGCAGGUGAGGGUGUCUGCCUGUCUGGGCCGGGUCUCAGCGUCAGAUCUGUUCAUUUCCUGAAGGUCUCGGAGAUGCAUAUCCGCGCAUUAGUGUCUUUUAUUCUAAAGGGACGAGUGUCCCAUCACCCUGGGCCUUUUCUUGAGCUCUAGAUGUUGUUUCCGCUCCCCUACAUGUUUUUUUUUUCAUGCUUUUACCUCGUCUCAAAACACAAGAACCCCUUCUAUUACUGUAUCAUUUUAUUUUUCGGGGGAAAAGUAACUUUACUGCUGCACGGUGCCUGGCGCUCUAGAUGAAUUGUGACGAGAAAUGCUGCUGGUUAGCGACAGUAAUUCAUUUCUUUUCUUUUCCCACUUGAACAUUUAAUCUUUUUGUCCUCUGCCUUUUCAGAGCUAUAAAUGACUCGAGUGGCAUUUCAGCCAUCCCCACGAUCAUUGUACAAUACUGUGUGCUUCAGGUUGUUUUAUGUUUAAGAUGAUGUGUAUAUAUAUACAGUAUAUAUAUAUGACAUUAUUGUUGCAGAAGCUUUAAAGCAGCCCAAAUCAACGUGUGGCAAAGCUCGAUGCCCGGAAAGGAACAGGGUUGUCCCCCGUCUCAGGAAGCGCGACGUGAAACAAAACAAAACUACUGCUCAUAUCAGGAACGGUGGUGACCCCAAAAGAUGGAGGACUGAGGCUGAUUUGAUGGCCGUUCUAACGCGACGUCUUGUCAAAUAUCCAAAACUGCAUCGAGGUACAAUUUUUGCAAGUGCAGCGUGAGUUGUGUAUCGAGCAGUUGCCC